AUGUUUGGAAGUUUAGGUGGUGGUUUUGGUGGUGGUGGUUUUGGUGGUGGUGGUUUUGGUAGUGGCAGUGGUUUUGUUGGUGGUAGUGGUGGUGGUGUUGCUGGUGGUUACGGUGGUACUUUUGGUGGUGGUGGUGGUGGUGGUGUUGCUGGUGGUUAUGGUGGUACUUUUGGUGUUGGUGGUGGUGGUGUUGCUGGUGGUUACGGUGGUACUUUUGGUGGUGGUGGUGGUGGUGUUGCUGGUGGUUACGGUGGUACUUUUGGUGGUAGUGGUGGUGGUGGUGUUGCUGGUGGUUAUGGUGGUACUUUUGGUGGUGGUGGUGGUUAUGGUGGUAGUUUUGGUGUGGGUGGUGGCGCUGAUGGAGGUUUUUUCUCAAGUAGCAGCAUCAGUGGUGUCCCGUUUAUGUUAAAUGAAAAGCAGCAGAUGCAGAGUCUGAACGACAGACUGGCCACCUAUCUCGAUAAGGUGCGCACCCUUGAAGCAACCAACAAGGACCUGGAGAACAAGCUCAAGGAUUUCCGCACAAGCAAAGUGGUGAGCAGGGAUUUCACCUUGUACCAGGAGCAGCUGAAGCCCCUCCGUGACCAGAUAAUUGCUGCCAUCAUUGAGAAUUCUCGCCUGGCCCUGAAGAUUGGUAAUGCUCAGCUGGCUGCUGAUGACUUCAGAAAAAAAUAUGAGACCGAGUACAUCAUUCGCCAGACAGUGGAGGCUGACAUCCUCAAUCUGAAGAGUCUGAAGGAAGAAUACGAUUCCCACCAAACCAGCAACAAUCAGGAAGUUGAAGCCCUGAAAAAAGAGAUUGAAGAAAUGACGAAACAGCAUGGACAGAGUGUGAGUAUCCUGAAACAGGAGAUGUCCGGCACCGUGAGUGUGGACGUCACCACCACUGAAAGCCCAGAUCUGAAACAGAUUUUGGAUGACUUACGUGCAGAGUAUGAAGACAUCGUUCGUAGAAACAAGGAGGAUCUUGAGAUGUGGUUCAACAAGCAGGUGGAAACUAAGCAAGCAGCAGCCAUCCAGGAAACAGAUGUCAGUGAAAGCUCAAAGAUAGAAGUGACGGAGCUUCGCCAUCAGAACCAGAGCCUACAGACAGAGAUGGACACCUUGCUGGUCUCUAAAGGCACCUUGGAGGAUAACCUGGCAGCAGUGAAUGACCGCUAUCAGAUGGAGCUUCACCGUUACGCUGCCUUGGUGGGCACCAUGGAGGGGGAGUUGAUGAGCAUCCGGAACAGCAUAACCUCCCAGUCUGAGGACUACAGGAACCUUCUGAACAUCAAAGAGAAACUGGAGAAGGAGAUUGCCAUGUACAGGCAGCUGUUGGAAGGAGUGGAGCUGGGCGCUGGCGGAGCCUCGUCUGCCAUCAGUGGCAGUGUUACACAAACCACAGUGGUAACCAAAGAGGUGAAGACAGAAGUCAAGUAAUAACACAAUGGAGACCUCAACUCCAUCAUCAGAGAGAAGAUGAGGCUCAGCGGGUGACUUCUUGGAGCUUUAAAACAAUUGCAACGUGGAUAGAAAGAGAAGCGUCUUCACCUGGCUUGGGUUUUUAGAUCCUGCUUGGUUUGGGGAAUUUUCUUGGCUCUUGUGCUACUUUGGAAGGCAAUGCUAGAAUCCUGUGUGACAAUAAAGAAUUAUGCAGCAUAUAA